UCAUAUCUUCCAUUUUUCUCUCUCUAAGCCAAAAAAAUAGCCAAUGGCGGGCGCGAUAAACUUGACCGGAAACAAACACACGCUUUUCCCGUCAAAAAGGCCACCGGUUUUGUGUGCCACGCCGCCGCCGCCGCCGCCGCCGCGACCUUCAAAUUCACGACCUCGCACGCCGCCGGCUUCCUAUAUCAUUCGCCGCGCAAGCGCACCACCUGACCAGCGACGGCGGCGACCGGCGAUCAUGUCGAACGUGUUCGCGAGGAUAUCGGCGGCGACGCUGCGGGGCGGCGGCGAGGAGGAGCGGGGCGGCGGCCGCGGCCGCCGCGCAUGCUACGGCAUCGCGGCGUCCUUCGCGGCGGUGCUGCUGUUCUGCGUGCUCGCCGUCGUCGGCAGCGUCUGGAAGGCGUCCGUGCUCGCCGGGAUGGUGCUACUGGCCUUCGGCGUCGCCGACUACCUCGCGCCGGCGAGCUGGUGCCGCCGCCGCGGCGGGACGAACACCCGCGCCGCGGAGCGGGAGGCUCAGCCGGGAGCUUCUUCCUCCAGCACGUUCGGGCUCGAGAAGGCCGCGGUGGACGCGCUGCCGACGUUCGCGUACGCGUCCGGUGGCGCUGGCGCCGCGCAGGGCGGCGGCGACCUCGAGGCCGGGAACGGCGAGCCGUGCUCGGUGUGCCUGGAGGAGCUGCAUGCCGGCGAGAUAGUGCGGGAGAUGCCGGCGUGCAAGCACCUGUUCCACGUGGAGUGCAUCGACAUGUGGCUGCACUCGCACCGGACUUGCCCGAUGUGCCGGUGCGACCUCUCGCCGCCCCGGGAAGUGGCCGCGAAAGAGGCCACGGCGGCGGAGACGGCGGCGCCGCCGGGUGAUGACGCCUUGCCGCCGGUGUAGAUGAUGCGUAAAAACAGAGUAGGUGUUCAUUUGGGCUAGAAAUGAUAGCACCUUCUGCACAUUAUACAAAAAAAUGCUGUGUUGAAUUAUUUUGUUUCUUUUUGUACAUUUAGGAACCUUCUGCACAUUAUACAAAAAAAUGCUGUGUUGAAUUAUUUUGUUUCUUUUUGUA